UUGACGGUCGAUGAGUUACCGAUAUUAAAAAAGUCAAUUGGAAAAUGUAAAUCAAAUUGUUCGGAGAGAUGUAGAGAAAAAAAUGGAUCUAAGGAUGAUUUUUUAAAAAAAGAGAGCAAAGAAAAUGAAGAUAUUAAAGUAAUAAAGAGAGGAGAAAAGGAUGGAAAAAGUUUAGAGAGCGAUGAGUGGACUUUUGUAGACGUCGAGUACAACAAGAAGCCGAUAAAAUUGUUUAAGGCUAUAGAUGAGAAAAAAAAUCGUAAAGAGAAAAAUUGUGAUUUAUAUUGUUAAAUUUUAGUAUGGAUUGUUUUAUAAAGUUGUUAUAUAGAGGGAAGAUUUUAAAGGGGUAAUGGAAAUUUUUUUUCAGCGCACCAGAAGUUGUUUGAUUAUGUUGUUGUUAAAUUUGUAAAAAGAGUUUCUACAGACUCGGUGGUGGUUGUCAACAAGCUUUUUCGGCCCUCUUAUUCUUCUCAAGAGUUUGGAGAUGACAGAGGGGGAAAUAGUGAUUUUGAGGAUAUGGCUGACUCUAUUUUAAGCUUUCAGGGGAUUGAUGACCAUCAGAGUAUUAGUACUAUGGAGAUUUUACCUAGACUAAACCGACACUAAAUGACGCAAUAAAUUAAAUAAUCUCAAUCUUGGUCUCUUUCAUCAUCAUCAUCAUCAUCAUCUUUUUCUUCUUGUUCUUAUUGUCAACAGAGAGUAGGAUGUUAACUUUCUUUAGUCGCUAAAAUGAAUCUAAAGAAUCAAGUCUUUAUAUUAUCGCUUACAUUAAUCUCUAUCGCCAUUAGUGCUGUUAAAUCCCAACAAAAAGUCAGCAAAAAUAGUGUCGAAGGGUGUGGAGAGUGUGCUUAUUACCGAUGCCCUGAAAAUUCUACCAAGUGCUUACUGGGCUCUGUUAAGGAUCCUUGUAAUUGUUGCAAAGCCGGAAAGUGCGCGAGACUUGAAGGUGAAACAUGCUGGAAUUCGAGUAUCGCCAAAUUGCCCCUGAUUAAUCGCAAUGAAGGUUAUUGCAGCAAUAAUUACCGUUGUUUAUUGAGAGAUGACCUACUUGAACAGGACAGCCCAGAAGCAAUAUGUGUGUGUAUGGAACAAAGCCCGGCAUGCGGAAGCAACAAUAUAACUUACGCGACACCAUGUGCAUUGCACGAGGAGGCAAUAAGGGUGAAAAAUAAAUCCCUUAAACUUAAACACCUCGGGCCGUGUCUGAGCCGGCCCUGGAUUAUCGCUCCCCUUGAUAAUGUAUUUGUUAAAUACGGCCAGAGAUUAGCUAUUAAUUGUGAAGCUAAGGGCUUUCCAAUUCCCGACAUAUUUUGGGAGUUUCACUCAACAGACGGCCGGGUUAUUAGACUGCCAAAUAAAGACUACGACAGCACAGUAAACACUCGUGAAGAAUCGGAGCAAUUUAUGCGGACAUCUUGGAUGCAAGUCGGUAAGAUGACACGUGACCAUAUCGGCACCUAUCAAUGUAUUGCCAACAACAGUAUAGGGGACGUCAGCUCGGAAUCUGUAGUUUCUACUUUAUAAAAUAAUUAUAAUAACAAAUUUUAU